AUGGAUGGAUCCUUGAGGAUGUGCAUUGACAGUCGAGCCAUCAACAAGAUCACGAUAAAAUAUCAUUAUCCUAUAACUCGAUUAGAUGACAUGCUUGAUGAGUUGAAUGUUUCUAAGAGUUUCAUUAGUCAUUUCGUUGUUGUUUACUUUGAUGACAUUUUGAUCUAUAGUAAAAAUCUCAAAGAGCAUGUUGAGCAUCUUAGAAGAGUGUUUGAAGUUUUUCGAAGGGAGAAGUUGUUUGUCAAUCUCAAGAAAUGUCGAUUCUGCCAAGAUGAUGUUGUCUUCCUUGGCUAUGUUGUUUCUCAGCAUGGUAUUGAAGUUAAUGAAGAGAAGAUCAAGGCAAUUCGAGAGUGGCCUACUCCUACGACAAUUUCUGAGAUGAGGAACUUUCAUGGCUUGGCCUCCUUUUAUAAGAGGUUUAUGAAGAAUCUCAGUAGUAUUCUUGCUUCUUCAACUAAAUGCAUAAAGAAGGGAAAUGAAUUCAAGUGGAAUGAGGCAGCACAAUGUGGUUCUGAGCUCUUUAAAGAGAAGUUGUGUGUUGCUUAUAUCUUAGUUUUGCCGGAUUUCUCGAAAACAUUUAAGAUUGAUUGUAAUGCUUUUGGAGUAAGAAUUAAGGUUGUUCUAAUGCAAGAAAGGCAGCCUAUUGCUUAUUUCAGUGAUAAGCUAAGUGGUGCAAGCUUGAAUUGCUCAACAUAG